CUUUCCUUAAAGGUACUUGGUCUAGAAUAUGUGGUCACAGAUGGCUCCUUCCUUUCACAACCACACCAAUCCCCAGGAUAUGUGGUAUGUCCUGAUUGGAAUCCCAGGCCUGGAAGAUUCGCAUAUCUGGAUCUCCAUCACUAUCUGUUCUAUGUACACUGUGGCAGUUGUAGGCAAUAUCUUCCUGAUCUUUCUGAUCGUGACCGAGUCCAGUCUCCAUGAGCCCAUGUAUCUCUUUCUUUCCAUGCUGGCCUUAGCAGAUGUCCUGCUCUCCACGGCCACAGCCCCCAAGAUGCUGGCUAUCUUUUGGUUCCAUUCUAUGGAUAUAUCCUUUGGUAGCUGUGUAUCUCAGAUGUUUUUCAUACAUUUCAUCUUUGUGGCAGAAUCUGCUAUUCUCCUGGCCAUGGCAUUUGAUCGCUAUGUGGCCAUUUGUUACCCACUGAGAUAUACCACAAUCCUAACAUCUUCAUUCAUUGGAAAGAUUGGCAUAGCAGCUGUGGUCAGGAGCUUUCUCAUAUGCUUUCCAUUCAUUUUCCUGGUAUACCGACUUACAUACUGUGGAAGAAACAUCAUUCCCCAUUCUUACUGUGAGCACAUGGGCAUUGCCAGAUUGGCAUGUGACAAUAUCAAUGUCAACAUCAUUUAUGGCCUGACUGUGGCCCUACUCUCUACAGGACUGGAUGCAGUGUUGAUCAUUAUGUCCUACGCAAGGAUCCUUCUCACAGUGUUUCAGAUACCUUCUUGGGCUGCCAGGUGCAAAGCCCUUAACACAUGUGGUUCCCACAUUUGCGUCAUAUUUAUGUUUUAUGCCCCAGCAUUCUUUUCAUUUUUUGCCCAUCGCUUUGGGGGUAAAACCAUCCCUCACCACAUCCACAUUCUAGUAGCCAACUUCUAUGUGGUAGUACCUCCUAUGCUCAACCCCAUCAUUUAUGGGGUGAAGACCAAACAGAUUCAAGACCGAGUAAUUUUGCGUUUCUCCCCCAUCAGCACAUGUUGCUAA